AUUCGCCUAUUUAUUCGAUUUGAUUCUAACGCAGCAGCUGAAGGUAAAUUAAACACCGGCCGGCGGGGGAAUAAUGGCGAGCGAAGAUCGGAAAGUGAUGUGCGUAACCGGCGCCAGCGGUUUCAUCGGCUCAUGGAUCGUCUACUUUCUCCUCCGCCGCGGCUACGCCGUCCGCGCCACCGUAAAGGAUAUCCAGGAUGAGAAGGAAACGAAGCACUUGGAAUCCAUGGAAGGAGCCGACGAAUCUCGGCUCCGCCUCUUCCAGAUAGACUUGCUCGACUACGACUCCAUCGUCGCCGCCGUCGCCGGCGCUUCCGGCGUCAUCCACGUGGCGUCGCCCUGCACUAUCGACUUCUCCCGCGAUCCGGAGAGAGAGUUGUUGAAUCCGGCGAGGGAAGGGACUGUGAAUGUGCUGAAGGCGGCGAAGGAGAAUGGGAUCCGGCGCGUGGUGAUCACGUCGUCGAUAUCGGCUAUGACCCCGCGCGUGAGCGGGCUGCCCGAAGCCGUCGGGGAUGAGAACUGCUGGUCCGACGAGGACUACUGCAGAAGCAAAGAGCUUUGGUAUCCUCUUUCGAAAACUAUUGCUGAAAAGGCGGCAUGGAAAUUCGCAAAAGAGGAAGGUCUCGACAUUGUGGUGGUGAAUCCCGGAAUUGUGCUCGGCCCGAUGAUUCCUCCAUCCGUAAAUGCAAGCAUGUUGGUGACUCUUUUCGUUAUUCAAGGAAAGAUUCCGGAUGUCCCUGUCGAUCAUUUUAUGGGAUUCGUUCAUGUUAAAGAUGUGGCUCUCGCGCAUAUCCUACUUUAUGAAAAUCCAUCGGCAGCCGGAAGGUACCUCUGCGUCGAAGCUGCGACUCAUUACAAUGACUUUGCUGCGAAGAUGGCUGAACUCUAUCCAGAAUAUAAGAUGCCGAGGGUUAGUGAUGAUUGUUUGCCAAAAGUAUCAAAUAUGAAGGAGGCAUCAAAGAAGCUCAUAGACUUGGGGAUGAAAUUUGCCUCACUUGAUCACAUUGUUCAAGAUUGUGUUCAAAGUCUUAGGACCAAAGGUUGUCUUUCUUAGCUAAUACUUACUACAUAAAUUUAUAAAUAUUAUUAUAUACUUUAAAAUUUCAGAAUAUUAAUAUUUUAUAUAUACACUACAAUAAAGGGAUAAAUACACAAUUUAUCUCAUGAAUGUCUUGUAAUAUAGUUAAAUUAUAUUGAUGAUAUUGUUGUAAUAAUAAAUAUUGUUUUCACACUUAGCUUACCCUCUUCUUUAUAACAAUAUAUUCCAUGAAUUUUUAUUUAAUUAUUUAUUUUAUUUUAUU